CAUUACAAACACAGCAGCUGCUCAACUAUGUGGCAGUUAUUUUUACUUUAAAAGACCAACGCGUUGUUGUUGUUCCUCGAGCCAUGCCCGCAACGUUUUAACACUCCUAUUCUUCUGGGGAGGGGGUUCACAGUUCAACCCCGUUGCUCAAAGUGUGGGCAACUUUUCCGUGUGUGUCUUCAAUGGGUUGAAGACUGUGGAGCCGCUUUUGGGAGGGAAGUAACGGUAGACGACGUUAGCCGAAUAUUAGCUCCCCCCCCAAAGCAGCAACAGGUCGGUCGGUUGGUCAACGGUUAGUCAACGGUUAGUUAACGGUUAGUUAACGGCUGAACCGGUGAUGGAGCGCGCGACUUUUUCAAAGUAUUCCUGGAUCGAUUUCGUGUUCUCGGUGAUCGGGGUGUGCACUUUCCUGGUGGACUGGGGCUCGGACGUGUGGGUGGCCACCGAGUUUUACCUCCGCGGGGACUUUUUCUGGUUCGGGGUGCUGGUCGGCCUCAUGGUCCUGUCGUCGGUCGUGGUCCAGAUGUUCAGCUGGUUCUGGCUCAAGUACGACCGGGAGCUGCCCGGGUUCAGUGCGCAGACCGGAGGAGGGACCGUGCUCUUCGGCGACCGAGUGAGGCUCUCCUGCCUGUUACAUGUGCUGCAGCUGGGCUUCCUCUGCAGGCACAUCUCCGCCAUACGUCAAGGCUUCAGAGUCUGGUGGUGGAAGCAGGAAGGGUCCGAGUACGCCGUUUACCUGACCCACGACCUCAGCAUGCUCCGGCUCAUCGAGACUUUCUGCGAGAGUGCUCCUCAGCUCACCCUGAUGAUCUACGUCAUGCUGUGCACACACAAGGCCAGGACGGUUCAGUUCGUGAGCAUCGCUGCAUCAACCACUUCCAUAGCCUGGAUGGUGGUGGAUUACCACCGCUCGCUGCGCUCCUUCCUCCCAGACAAAGCCAAGCAGGGCUGGGGUUCCUCGUUGAUCUACUUCCUGUGGAACUUGCUGCUAAUUGCCCCGCGCGUGGCCGCCCUCGCCCUCUUCUCCUCUGUCCUGCCCGGCUACAUCGCCGCCCACCUCCUGCUGCUGUGGUUCGUGUUUUUGUUGUGGGCGUGGCGACAGAGGACUGACUUCAUGGACAGCGUGGGUGGGGAGUGGCUCUACCGGGCCACCAUAGGGCUCAUCUGGUACUUCAGCUGGUUUAAUGUCGCAGAGGGUCGCACCAGAGGCAGGAGCAUCAUCUACCACACCUUCAUCACCACCGAUGGAGGGAUCCUGCUGGCCACCUGGUGGUGCUACAGGGACGCCGUCCAGACGGAGCCGUACGCCCUCCCUCUGCUCAUCACUCUGCCUUUCACCUACCUCCUGGGACUGCUCUUCAAAGCCGUCUACUACUGCUGCUUCCACCCCAAGCUGUGGAGGCCCCCCGUGAGGGACCCGGGACUGCCCGUUGAUCUGCCCGAUGCAGAAGUGUCCUUCAGAGACUUUUCCAUCCAGGACGGCACCCUGUCCUCCCAGCUCCUCAACAAACGGAUGGCCUGCCACGCCACUCAUUUCUACUCAGAGCGCAAGGUCAUUAGAAACACUGAGAGCACGAAGAGAGCGGAGUCGUCGCAUCUGUGAUCAAUGUUGAUCAAUCAAUGUUACCUUCUAGUGAUAAAACAACAAUCUCUAUCUCUACACUGUCGCCUGUUUGUGCUGCACCAGAUGUUCAGUAUGCUUCAGAGGCCGACCGAUCAGAGCAUGUGAGUGGAGAGCUGAGAAUUUCUGCUCCUCACUCACGGAACUGUUUGUUGUUCAAAGACUCACAGAUUUCACCUCACAAAAAUUAAGAAAAGCUUCUCAGUGUUUUCAUUUUAUUGUUAAACCCUGUUUAAGCUGUACGAUGCAGCUUCAUGUGUAAUGCCGGGGAUCAGACACAGACAGCAGGAGAAAAGCCUCUCGCUGCAGAUCAUCACAGGAUGGUCCUUUUAAACUUUACUGUUGCAGAAGAAGCGACACCCCGCUUAUACACAUGAUUCAUGAAGUUAUUAUAAAUAUGUUAUAAAGAAUCUCUAUAAACAGCCAAGCUCGAGCUCACAUGGGAAUUACCAAUGACUGGAACGAUCCUGGUGUCGUACCAGCUAAAGGCAACUGGAGUGAAACUGGAGCGCGAGAUAAGGAUCCGCUCUAGCUUUUUUUUUUUUUUUUAAAUCCACUCUUUGUGCUCCAUCCGAAAUCUUCGCACUCUGCUCACACGCUCUGCGAUCGAUAUAUCGGUUGGCCGAUAUUAACGGCCGAUAUUGGACUAUCACGGACAUAUUGGUAUCAGUGUCGUCUGACGUGCCGAUAUGAACUGCAUUUAAUUAUAUGAUGCAAAAAUGAUUGUAGUUUUUACAGUACUGAUGUUUUAGCUAUUCUAUUUUUUAUUUAUUCUUUAUUUCUAGAAUUGGUUGACAAUGUAACCUUUAUGUUAACAUGUUAAAGAAUAUUUAACUUAAAUAUUCUUUAAUAGAGUUAUUUUUGUUUAUGAAAGCAGCAUUCUGGGUUUAAAAUCUUUCUUAUUUUCAAUUUAAUUUGUGACUUUUCUCCUUAAAAAUUGGUCUAAAACGACACAUAUUGGGCUGUAGUACACAAUGAACCAAAACACAGGCUCAAAGACAUGGAACUAAGAUUGGUUUCAACAUUAAUAGUAAUGACAGAAAGAUAUUAUAAAUCAAAUUGACACAAAUACCAAAUAAAAAUCCAAUGUUGCCUUAAACCUUUCCACCAUACUUCAUAGACAAUCUCUGUUUACAGAUAUGUCUGUCAUAUCUUUAAACUCUACUUGAAACUUGAGUAACGUGUUAUGCUAGUCAAUAAACUAACAAAGGGAAGUUGUUAGUUAAUCUUUAUACAUUUUCUCCAAAGCUAAUGUUGUAAUCUGUUCACGUAGAGUCAGUUUGUACAUGUUUAGAAAAAGACAACCUGUCAUACAAACCAUAUGACUGUUUGUUGUUGCUGUCGUGUGAACACCUGCGGAAAAAGAAAACAACCUUGUUUCUUGACAACAAGGUAAACAAUGAAUAAAUAAAUAUACGUUAUCUGUAAUAUUUAAUGAUAAUAAUAGUUAUAAUAGGGGUUGAGUUACCCCUGACGGUUUUCUCAAUUUAUGUAGCUUAUGUCAAAAUUUGAAUUCAUUUGCAACUUGGUUUUCUGAGGUUUUUACAUGACAGCAAUGAGUAUCUGUUUUGUGUUUUUGGGUUAAUGUUACAGCUGCUACAGGAACCUGUUGAAGGACUUUGAAUGUAGAUUUGACUAUAAGUUCUCCUUUAAUCACUGCUAUGUCCUGUCGCUGUGCCAAACAGCUCUUUUAGACCAGUUUUUACCAACAUAUUUGUGGCGUUGUCAGAAGUGUUCGUACAUAUUGAACUACAGGUGACUGCUGUCAUAUAGGUACAAACCACGGUGUUACUGCUUGUUCAUCCAGUGUUUGUUUAGCUUGUUUAAAUAUGUGAGACCUCUCGAUCAGAGCACACCUUUCUCUCUCUGCUGUGAGGAAAACUGUGCUACACAUAGACGCAGUGUUUCAGACAGAGUAUGUUUUAUUUAAUGUUAUGUUAGUUCAAGGUUGUUUAAUGUUAAAGUUCCUGCAGAUGUUCAUACAUGUUGAUGUCGUAGAGCCACUUCUUCGCCACACACAAUCUGCUGAAACCAAAAGUCAAGGCCACUGCUGGUUGUUAAUCUUUUACCUCAUUUGCCAUGUGCAAUUAUUAUUAAAGUGGUAACUCUGUUUUAUUAUCUGUUUUAA